AUGUUAGAAUCCACCAUUCCUACAACGAGUCAAGAGCGUGAUGUUGAACCCGAGCAUUUGCCUUUACCUAAGAAAACCGUUCAGUCACAACCGCCGGAAUUAGAACUUAAACCUCUUCCCGACACUCUUAAGUAUGCUUUUCUAGGCCCUAAUGAGUCCUAUCCCGUUAUCAUUGCCUCUAAUUUGACUACGUCACAAGAGGAAGAACUUUUAGGAAUCCUUAGAAAACAUAAGGGAGCGAUCGGGUGGAGCAUCUCGGACAUUAAAGGAAUUAGCCCGGCGAUUGUCCAACAUAGGAUUCAUUUGGUAGAAGAUGCAAAGCCCGUGAGAGAACCUCAAAGGAGGUUGAAUCCUCCCAUGAUGGAGGUAGUUAAGAAAGAAAUUCUUAAGUGCUUAGACAACGGGAUCAUUUAUCCCAUUUCCGAUAGUAAGUGGGAUGUCAAAUUCGAAUUCACAAGCGAGUGUGUUCAUUCCUUCGAAGACCUUAAGAGAGAAUUGACUUCAGCGCCGAUCAUGAAGUCUCCCGAUUGGAGUCAACCUUUUGAGCUCAUGUGUGACGCAUCCGAUUAUGCCAUAGGAACGGUUUUAGGACAACGAAUAGAUAAGAGGCCUCAUGUCAUUUACUACACUAAGUUUGACUUAGAGAUUAGGGAUAAGAAAGGUUGUGAGAAUGUCGUUGCCGAUCAUCUCUCUCGAUUAGUGGUUGAAUCCACUAACGACUUGCCCUUAAGCGAGUCAUUUCCCGACGAACACCUUCUCUCGAUUUCCACUCUCCCUUGGUUCGCCGACAUAGUCAAUUACUUAGCAACCGGUGAUAUUCCCUCGACAUGGUCCAAAAAUGAUAAAGCCAAGUUCUUUUCUCAAGUGAAACAUUUUUUUUGGGAUGACUCGUAUCUCUUCAAACAUUGUCCCGAUCAAAUCAUUAGGAGGUGUGUCCCAAAUAGUGAGUUUCAUAGCAUCCUCUCGUUUUGUCACGAUCAAGCAUUCGCGGUUGAUUACGUAUCUAAGUGGGUAGAAGCCAUUCCGACCCGGUCCAAUGACAAUAAAGUUGUCCUUCGAUUCCUUAAAGAGAAUAUCUUUUCUCGAUUUGGUACGCCUAGGGCUAUCAUUAGUGACCAAGGGACUCAUUUUAAGAACCGUCAAUUCGAGUCACUUCUUAAGAAGUACUCCAUCACUCAUAGGUUGGAUACCCCUUAUCAUCCUCAAACUAGUGGCCAAGUAGAGGUUUCAAACCGGCAAAUUAAACAAAUCUUAGAAAAGACGGUCAACUCGAAUAGGAAGGAUUGGUCAACCAAGUUGAUAGAUGCCUUAUGGGCCUAUCGGACCGCCUUUAAGACCGUCUUAGGAAUGUCUCCUUAUAGACUCGUGUAUGGUAAAGCUUGCCAUUUGCCGGUUGAGCUAGAGCAUAGGGCCAUGGAUCCUAAAAAUGGUAAUGUUUUUAAAGUUAAUGGUCAACGUCUUAAACCAUUUUUAGAAUUGCUUGUUGAUUCGGAGGAAGAGGACCAAGGUCCGAUUGUUCCUUCAGUUGAUGGUGUAGAUGUUGUUGUUGAUGUUGUUGUGCAGGUUGUUGAAUUUGCAGGGGUUCAGGUUCUUGUGGUUGCUGUUGCUGUUGCUGUUGUUGCUGAGGUUGAGGUGGAAGAGCCACAGGAAGUUGAUACGGCUGCAGUGGAGUGUUGA